AUGCCCGUGGUUACUCAGCGUCUCCCUGGGUUGCCUGACCCUGUUUGUGCUUGUCCGCCCUUCUCUGCUGACACUUACCACCCACUGCACCAGCCCAUGCCCGGGAUGCCGGGGGCAUCCCCAGGACUCGCAGUCCCGGUGGACAUCCCCCCCUUCCGCUUCCAGCCCCGCCGGCUCGGCGUGGACUGGCGUCGCUUCAGCGCCAUCGAUGUGGAGCGGGUGGCCCGGGAGGUGGACGUGGCCGCGCUCCAGGAGCACAUUGCCGGUGUCACCUUCUGCAACCUGGACGGGGAGCGGUGCCCCCACUGCGGGCAGCCGGCGGACCCUAUCCUGCUGAAGGUGCUCAGGAUGGCCCAGCUGAGCAUUGAGUACCUGCUGCAUUGCCAGGAGCGCCUGGGGACCAGCCUGGCCGCGCACGCCCAGCGCCUGCAAGCUGCCCGCGCCGAGCUGGCUUGUACCCAGCAGCAGGCAGCAGAGCAGGCAGCGCAGCUCCGAGGGGCAAAGGAGGAGAGCAGGAGGUGGAAGAAGCUGAUUGCCACGCAGCAGCUCCUCCUGCAAGCUGGCCCCAGCACCUACUGCAAGUGCCACCUCUGCGAUAAAGCCUUCAUGAACGACUCCUUCCUGCGAGCCCACAUGCAGCGCCGGCACACAGAGGCCACCGAGGCAGAGAGGCAGAAGACGAAGCAGGUGGAGCAAAUGGAGGAUGAGGUGGAGGAGCUGAAAGCAAAACUGCGGGAGACGCAGCAGCAGCUGGAAGCGGAGAGGGAAGCGGAGAAGCUGCGCAGGGAGCAGGAAACGGAGAGAGCUCGCCAGCGAGAAGAGGAGGGCAGGAGAGAUUUGGAAAGGUGGAAGGAGGAGGAGAGGACAAAGCUGCACGAAGAGAUAGAUGGCCUGAGGCAGCUCUUCCUGGCAGCGUUCAAGGACGUGUCCAGCAGGAACAGUGCCAUGGAGGGGAAACUGCAGGAGCUUCAGGCCAGAGAGGCAGCGGUGUCCAACCUGGGGACCCUGCAGAACGAUGACGCCGAGGAGGCACGGAGCCAGACGCCAAGCCAUGCAGAGCUGCGGGGCAAGCAGGAGAGGAUGGCAGUACAGCUGAAGAAAGAGAACAAGAGACUCCGUGCCUCCCCAUCCCAGGACCAGCAGGCGGUUAUGGACCAUGUCCAUCAGCAGCUGGAUGCCCUCAGCACCUGGCUCAGGGAGCAGCCCAAGGUCACAAAGUCCCAGGAGAAGAAGAUCAAGCUGCUACCUGCAAGCAAGCCUGAAGUGACCCACGGGGUGACCAAAGUGGUGGCUGUUGAAGAGUCAUCAGCCAGGGAGGAGGCUGCCCUGGGUGGGAAGCAGAGGCUGCUGGAAGCCCUGCGGAGAAACCCAAACUUCCUGAAGCAGUUUCGCCCCAUCCUGGAGGAAGUGCUGGAGGAAAAGCUGGAGAGCAUGGGGGUCAAGAGGGUUGCGAAGGGGAUCUCCACUCAGACCUACAAAAGCCUCCAGGCUCUGGUCAAGCUUCAGCAGCAACAGAAGGCUGAGAAAUUUCCCGGUCUUUUCCACCUGAGGGAUCAGUUGGUCCGAGCGGUGAUGGGGAAAGGCAGGCGAUGCAAGAAGCCCAGCAGUGCUUUUGCUCGACAGCUCUCCGUCAUCCCAGCCCAGAAGCGAUGCCAGGAGGGAAGAAACCUGCCCCGUCCCCUGUGAAGCUCAGCCCACAGCAAGAGCUGGCGGUCUCUGCAGGGGUGCAAGAGGAUGAGACCAACUCCGACGGGUCGGACCUGGACUCCCUGGAGGAAACGGCUGGUUUGGUUUCCAGGUGCCGGCGGUGACCUGGAGACCUCCUCCCUGGAGGACCUGGCCCAGCCACCGGCGCUGGUGGCUGCUGGUGCUCGGGGGGCCACCUGGGACCCCAUGCCCUGGGGAGCCGGGCUGCAAGGGGACACAUGGUGGUGA